UUCAGUCAGUUGGGGAAAUUUUCAUGUUCCUUCCCGGCGGGUGGUGUGCUGAGCCUGAGAAGACUUGGUUUAUUUAACCAGCGUGCCAAGAAAUAUUUUCCUCAGGUUACCUCGUGGUUCAGAUCAGCCACCUCUAAAACAUCAAGCAGCCCUGCCUUAAACUCCACCUGCCAGCUCUUUACUGUAACCAAGCAAACCUAAAGCCUUCAGAAUGAUGCAGAUCAGCAGCGACUCCGCCAGCAACAAGCACUCCCUCAUCAACGUCAUGCACCGCUUCAUAGCAGCUGCCAACAAUAUGGACGAGACCAUCAUGGUGCCCAGUCUGCUGCGAGACGUGCCGCUGGAGGAGCAGGCGGCCAGCCAGGUGGAGGCCAACAAUAACAAUGAACCGCCGUGUCCCAACAAGCAGAGGGAUAUGUACGAGCACUACCUGCUCCUCAAGUCCAUAAAGAACGACAUGGAGUGGGGUCUGCUGAAGAGGGAAAUGAGCAGCGGCGCCAGCUUCCUGGAGAUGGCGGUGAAGCAGGAGGAACAGCAGCCGGUCACCGGGGAUCUGCUACCGGACGACAACUUGGACCUGGAGCAUCAGUUUCAUUAUCACCUCAGAGGACUGUUUGGAGUUCUGUCCAAGCUCACAAUGCAAGCAGACCACCUCACCAACAGAUACAAGAGAGAAAUCGGAGGAGGAAACUUCAUGAGAUAGAAGUCUCUACUAUCCCCCUCCCUCCCCACCCUGACUGCUUGACCUCCAACAAUGGGAUGUGUUGAAGGGGCCCCCAUCUCUUCUUAAUAGAUCUCAAUGGACAGUGAACUGACCAGGGCAACCACUUUGUGACUUCUCACUCCUGUGUAGCGACACUCCAACUUCCCUCUUCUUCCCCACACAAAACAUACCUGAAACCAGUGACGCCUGCACAUGUCUACCUGCGCCCGUUCGUCAGUGCAGUGGUUUGACAUUUCGUGCUUGGUGGAGGUUAAUUGAAUCUGUUCCCAAGUCCAAAUGAAGCACAGCUCUGGUUUAUGCAGAAACUUUCCCACCCUUCUUGUUUUUUCAUUUCAAAUUUGAACGUGAAUUUGUCAUCAGAUCGAUGUGUCUGAUUGUGAAUAAAAGGUUUGACUGUAGGAGAUAUUGAAUGCUGGUUAUUCUGUCCCUCCUUUUUAAAAACAUGAAAUGAUUUUAAUGCUGAGCUGAAGGGCUCUUAACCCACAGAGGUUUCAAAUCUUUCCACUUGGUGUUACUGUAACAUGGUGUGCCUUGACUUUUUGUAUACCCUCUUGCCCUGUUCAGUUAACUCCCUCAUUGUCUGUCUGCUUAAAUGGUUCAUCACGGUAUUUAUGAUGAAAUGGCUCAUUUGUUUGUCCUUGGAUAUUUCAAAACCAAUUUUAUAUUGAUGCAGAAAUGCAGUAAAAGUGAAAUAAAUAAUUGGAAACUUUAA